AUGUCAAGCAGAAGAUCAGGUUCCAGGCAAUCAACUGGUGCUUCGAGGAUCACUGAUGAUCAAAUUGCCCUUCUUGUAUCAAACUUGCAACGGCUUAUCCCUGAGCUCCGUCAACGGCGCUCCGACAAGGUAAAUGCUUCUAGGGUGUUGCAAGAGACUUGCAACUAUAUCAGAAACUUACACAGUGAGGUGGAGGGCUUAAGCGACCGGUUAUCCCAGCUGUUGGCUUCGACAGACACCGAUACUGAGCAAGCAGCCAUUCUCAUCUGUCGGGCCCAAAUUCAAGAUCACAUAUGGCCCGGCAAAUACAAGAGGAUCCAACAGAAGGCCCGGUUGAUGAUCAUCAGCUUCCAUGUUGAACCCUAG